AUGAAUGCAGACUCCCAGCAACGAAAGCCUCGUGAUACCUCCUCCAAAAGGAUUCCACAAGAAUGGCAAAACCACUCGGAAAGCUGACCCUCAGCGCGGGAAUCGCACGCAUAAACGUUGGGCCCGAGGAGACCCCCUUUGACGUCCACGUAGAGCUCCUCUGCGACAACUCCCCUUACUUCAACAACGUCUACAAAGACCGCACCGACUCCGCCAUCUGCGACAUUCCGAUCAGCCUACCAGACGUCGACCCAGAUGUCUUCGCCAAAACAAUCAGCUGGAUGUAUCGCGGCCAGCUAAGCGCCGACCUAUACGACGUAACGAAGCUCGUCUCCCUCUUCGAGCUCUGGGUUCUCGCCGAGAAACUGGAGAUUCCGGCGCUGCAAGACGAAACAAUCACCGCUUGCAAGUGCCGCGUCGACAGCUCCCCCCCAAACGCGUCCGUCAGCACGCGGACGAUCGAGUACGUCUACGCCAACACAAAGCCCGGUUCCCCACCGCGCCGCCUCCUCGUCGACAUCUGGGUGUGGCGCUGGCCUUGGCAGAAAUUCAGCUGUCGCAAGGCGGAUCUCCCGCGCGAGUUCCUUGAGGAUUUGUGUGAGGUAAUCUUCGCGAGGGUGAAUGUGAAUCUCUCUUGGGUUCAGAGCCCGCUUCCCAAGUUGGCGAAGGAGUAUUAUGUUGGCUGGACCCCACCAGCGCCGGACCCAAUAAGGUUCCCAGCGCCGGCGUCACCACCAUCGCAAGAUAGCAAUGCUCUACAGGUUCCGACAAGGGCGCAGAUGGCUAUGAGAGAGAUAAAGAGCCCCUCAUCGCAGUUAAGUGAGUCCUCUCGGGAGACUCCGGCUCAGCCCGAGGCAGAUGGUUCUGCUGCUGUGGAGGUGGACGGGAAGAUGGCAGACGGCGCGCCUACAGCUCCCAACCAGGAUCCGUGGAAAAAGGGAGGUGGUCCGGAGGCGGGCUUAUGAGGUCAAUGGGCAUGUAUGAUUAGCGUAUGAAGAGAAUUUCUAUGUGGAGCAUCGCCUUUAGGUGAGCUGGAGAUCUCUAUUUUCUUUUGAAAGUACUGACUCUACGAUGCAUCUCUUGGUGGUCAAAAUGAUGCACACUAGAGUAGCACUGUAUGCUACCAAAGACUUUGAUCUACGUCUCAAAUGGCAACCCACAUUGUU